UACAACGUUACAAAUAGAAUCAACAAUUCAGAAAUUGGGAAGGGAAAGAGAGAGAAUGAGUUUCCUUGCGGGGAGAUUAGCAGGGACGGAGGGAGCCUAUUUCUUGCAAGAAUCCAAACACGCCGUAGGCCGUCUUGUGCAGAAGACCAAGACAAAGCUUCCUUCUUCAUCUUCAUCUUCAUCUUCGUCGCCUAAUUCGAACCCUUCUUCUUCUUCGUCAAUUGAAAAUGAAGCCCAAGCCGAUAUUCUUCCAGAGGUUAUGAGGCACUAUCUGCCUUCCAAGAUCUUCCAACCACUGUCUGAUUCGUCUCUCUCCACUGCAUCCAAAUGGGUUCUUCACCCUGAUCACAACAAUGGUUUCUCUUCUGUGUCGCGCGAUGCCUUGAACCCCCUUCGGGGUUACGUUUCUCUUCCGCAGGUCACCUUUGGCCCAAAGAGAUGGAUGUUGCCCAAUUCAGAAAACUCAGUUUUAGCCUCGACUGCGAAUGACAUGCGCCGUGAUAAGUACACCCCCAUUGAUUCUGGGAAGUUGAAGACCGCAGCUAUAGGGCUAUCUCAAAUUGCAAAGGCAUUUGCUGUUGCUACUGCUAUUGUUUUUGGUGGUUCCACCUUGAUGUUCGGACUGGCAGUCUCCAAGCUAGAGUUGCGCAAUAGUGAUGACAUCCGAACUAAAGGAAGAGACCUGGUUCAGCCAAGAUUUGACGUGGUUAAGGAGCAACUAAUCCCCUUAAGAACUUGGGCCGAAGACAUGUCAAAGAAAUGGCAUUUCGAAAGGGAAGAAAAUACGAAAGAGAGAACUCUAAUUAAAGAGCUUUCGAGAAAAAUGGGUGCGAAGACGACCAACUGAUUUAUUCGUUAAAUUAUUUCUCACAAUGCUUGGUAAAAUAGAGUUUGAUGAUUGUGCUAAUGGCUGCAGCCAUAACGCAUUUUAUAAGCGUCUGUUGUUGUAUUAAUAGUUUGCUUUAAGGUGUAUCAUGUAUUGAAGAAAAUAAGAGUCUGUCUGUUGUAUUAAUAGUUGGCUUAUAUGGUACGUGAUGACAUUUACUGUUUGGACCUUCAUUAGGUGUAAAUUUAUCUCAAUUGAAACACACGCACAACAUUUCACAAUUUCAAUGUAAUAUAGCUUAAUGUUUCUAUCUUUUCUGU